AUGGUGUUUGAGAAUGAUUGGACAGAACUGAAAACUGUGAGAAAGGGUGGGGGAAGAGGUAUAAGGAGCCAGACCAUGGAAUCUGGCGAGUAUGAGGAAGGCAUGGUGGUUGAAUUCUCUGCUAAUGGGAAUUCAAUGAAAGCAACUGAUGUCGCAGCCAAGCUGGAUGAAGGAAAUAUUCAGGAGGCAGAAUCUUCAUUACGAGAAGGGUUAUCACUCAAUUUUGAGGAAGCAAGAGCCCUCCUUGGAAAGUUAGAGUACCAAAGAGGUAAUCUUGAAGGUGCUCUUCGUGUGUUUGAUGGCAUCGAUCUCCAAGCGGCCAUAGAGCGAUUGCAACCUUCUAUUGCUGAGAAAACACCUUCUAAAAAAGGCAGGUCUCGUCCUGAUUCACAGCAUUCAGUCUCGCAGCAUGCUGCUACCCUCGUUCUUGACGCCAUAUACUUGAAAGCCAAGUCUCUUCAUAAGCUUGGCAGAUUAACAGAGGCUGCUCAUGAAUGUAAAAGAGUGCUUGAUGCCGUGGAAAAAAUAUUCCAUCAAGGAAUACCUGAUGCACAAGUGGAUAGUAGAUUGCAGGAGACAGUCAGCCGAGCUGUAGAGCUCCUUCCAGAGCUGUGGAAACAAGCCGGUUCCUAUCAAGAAACAAUCACUGCUUAUAGACGUGCUCUACUUGGUCAGUGGAACCUGGAUAAUGACUGUUGUGCAAGAAUUCAGAAAGCAUUUGCUGUGUUUCUGCUGUAUAGUGGACUAGAGGCUGGUCCACCCAGCUUAGGUGUUCAGGUUGAAGGUUCAUAUGUGCCUAAAAAUAAUCUGGAAGAGGCAAUCCUGCUUUUAAUGAUCCUUUUGAGAAAUUUGUCCGAAGGUAAAUUGAAAUGGGAUCCAUCACUGAUAGAACAUCUAACAUUCGCACUAUCUAUAUGCAACCAGACUUCUGUAUUAGCCAAGCAAAUUGAAGAGAUCAUGCCUGGAGUAUAUCCGCGUGUUGAUCGUUGGAAUUCUCUAGCUUUGUGUUAUAGUGGAGCAGGACAGAACAAAGCCGCUUUAAAUCUGUUGAGGAAAUCUUUACAUAAACAUGAACGACCAGAUGAACUCAUGCCACUAUUAUUGGCUGCCAAAAUUUGCAGUGAGGAUUCCCAUGUGGCAGCUGAGGGAGUUGGAUAUGCACAGAGGGCUGUUAGUAAUUCUCAGGGUAAGGAUGAACAUUUAAAGGCUGUGGCUCUUCGCUUUUUGGGUCUUUGUUUGGGGAAGCAAGCAACAACUUCUUCCUCUGACUUUGAGAGGUCUCGUAUUCAGUCUGAAGCACUAAAGUCACUAAGUGAGGCCAUUUCUUUGGAGAAGAACAAUUCAGAUUUAAUUUUUGAGUUGGGGGUUCAAUAUGCAGAGCACAGGAAUCUAAAUGCUGCUUUGCGCUAUGCAAAGCAGUUCAUUGAUGAAACAGGGGGUUCCGCAUUAAAAGGUUGGCGAUUGCUUGCUCUAGUUUUAUCUGCUCAACAGCGAUUUUCAGAGGCUCAUGUAGUCACUGAUGCGGCAUUGGAUGAGACUGCAAAAUGGGAGCAAGGGCCACUACUGAGACUUAAAGCAAAGUUGAAAAUCUCCCAAUCCUUACCAAUGGAUGCAAUUGAAACUUACCGUAACCUUCUUGCUUUGGUUCAAGCCCAAAGGAAAUCUUUUGGGCCUCUCAGAGUUAAUUCUCAGACCGAGGAUGAUAAAGUCAACGAACUUGAAGUUUGGCAUGGUUUGUCAAACUUAUAUGCCAGCCUUUCAUAUUGGAGGGAUGCAGAAAUAUGUUUGGGUAAAGCCAGAGAGUUGAAGCAGUUUGCUGCAGAAACACUGCACGCAGAAGGCAUUAUCUUGGAAGGAUGUGGGAGAAGUCAUGAAGCUCUAGUCACUUAUAUUAAUGCUCUUAUGCAAGAACCCUAUUAUGUUCCUGGCAAAAUUGGGGUUGCCGUGCUUAUGUCAAAGAUGGGACCUAAGGCAUUGCCUGUGGCAAGAAGUUUACUCUCAGAUGCACUCAGGCUCAACCCUAACAAUCGUAAAGCUUGGUAUCACUUGGGAAUCAUUCACAGAGAUGAUGGACGGAUGGCUGAUGCAGCAGACUGCUUUCAGGCAGCUACCAUGCUUGAAGAAUCUGAUCCUAUCGAAAGCUUCAGCUCUAUUAUGUGAUGAUCACGCUGUUAAAUGGGAACCUUUUACUAGAGCCACUUGGGAACUGGGAGUCUUCUCAUUUUGGAAUUUGGAUAUUAUUCUCAUUCAUUUACCAUAAAAAGGCACAAGAAUCAAUUCAAGGGGUGAUUGUAACUUGAGCUUUUUAUGGAAAACAAGAAAGUGACGGGAAAAGAAGCCCACUUUAAUUUUUCAAUGGAUUGCAGAGAAAUCACAAUGUUGGAGAUUCUUUUGGGCAGGUUUUUGGCAAUGCAUUUGCUUAAAAUGUCAACUUUGCUCAGCGUGUAAAUGUACAUGUUUUAGCUGAGCAACCGUAUUAGAUAGUUAUUUAAUUCAAUCCAUGGUUAGAAGGAAAGAAAAAUGUUUGUUCUGAUUGCAAUUUUUUAUGAUUUUUUUGAAACUGCAACCUCAAGGUGAAACAUUGAAAGAAAACUU